GUUCUAUGUUUAUAUCGUGAUAUGUGUUCAUCGUAUGUGAAGUGUGUAAAAUUAACUUUAAUUAGAAAUAAUAUUUAUUACGACAGUUUUCAACAGUUAGAACUCUGCGCCUUGUUUCAAAUUACGCGGCAACAAUGGCGGAAUCUUCCGGCAGCAACUUAUUGGUCCUCUGCGACGUAGAUGCGUCAGAACAUUCCUUGUCUCAUUCUAUCAUGGUUUCGUAUAGUCUGUGAGAACAGAAUACUGACUAUAGCGACUAGAUAUUUCGUUAAAAGCGUAAGAAACAUUGUUUCUGUGUUUCUUUUACUCAGUACAAGUUUUUGACGAAAACCAGAAAGAAAAUGCCUUUCAUGAUUGGUAGGAAUCCUGCGAGAAGAACCUUGGAAUAUUUAAAAUCUGGAAGAUUAUUUUUAAAGGAUUCAAUACAGAUAUUUUCAAUCAACUAUAACAUUUUUGGAGACCAUCAUCAGGGUGCCAAGAGUUUCGUAUACUGGUACCUACCACAAGUACAGUAUAAUAAUCCAAACGUACAAGUUAUCACUUUUAAGAAUUUAACACCAACUCCAUUUGUAAGAUGCUUUUAUGAUAAUGGCAAAGAAAUGUUGAUAGAUAUUGACAGUAAAACAAAAGAAGAAAUUUUGGAACAUCUUAUCCAUGUUGUUGGUAAAUCAAAGGAACUUUUGGCUAAAGAAAAAAUUGAUUUUGAAAAAAAAGAUAAUCCUGCAAAUUUUGGAGUGGAUUGUGAACGGAAUUGCAUAUGUAUAAUUCCAGGACAACUCCCUUGUCCUGGAACAGUUCCAUUGCCAAAUCAUAUGCGUGGGAAAUAUAAAUUUGCUAAGGAUUAAGACAUUUUAUUGUAAUAUUGCAUAUAUGUAAUUUGUAAAUAAAUAUAGUAAAAAUAUAUUUUCAGAAGUGAA